AGACUCUUCUGAUGAUAACCAAUGGCGGCAGCAAUUUGGCUGCCAACGCUGUCAAACGAAAUUAUAUGUGUGUAAGUUUGUGUGUAUCUUAAUGGGAAGGUUUUCAAAGUUAAAGACAGUGACGAGAGGCGCGAAGAAAUUGAUGUGGUAUUUAGUGUACAAAUAAAUGUAUGAAUGUGUAUAUGCAUAAGUAUACCUUUGUGCAUAUGUAUUUAUAUAUGUACACAUCAUACACACUAUUAUCUGGCGGCUAGAUGAUUUAUUGCUUUCGUACCGAGAGGAAGCGCAGCUGAAAGUGUAUUUGCAAAUAUUGGGCAUUCAGUAAAGCAAAGAACGUGAACGAACUGACAACGCGUGCGACAGAUAUUUUAUUUAAAUCUUUAGUGGUAAACGGUGGACCAAAGUGCUAACAAUUAUUACCAAAUCGAAGUUAAAUCGAUAUUGUAUGCGCAAAACUCUCCGUAAUAUGAAGACUUAUCUCGGAAGUAUGACCACAUAGUUUAGCAUAAUUCCAUUUCUGUGCGCGCCAAGUUGCAAUAUUAACAUUUUUCUGCAUGUAAUUAUGCAUUGUUUAUACAUACGAGGGUGGUCCGAUAACUACAUAACCUAUAAAACGGAAAUUUUGAAAAAAUUUCGACUUAUAGCCCAACAUAGUCUUCUCUUAGCGCGUUGCGUUACAACCAGGGUUUCUGCAACUUAUUUAACCUGUUUGAAAAAUAAGUUUUAUGGAGGCUUGGAAGUUGUAGGUCCGUAGCGGCGAUAACCUCCUCUGUCGACCAAAUUUCUAUCAGGCGAGUGUCAUUUUCAAGACUUUGGAAACACAAAAAGCCGCAAGCGACCAAAUCUGGAGCAUGCAUGUCAUUAAUGUGUAAAAAGGAUAAUUCGAUCAAUUUGGCCGUGGCGAAAGCGGAGCUAUCAAUCAGAGCGUAGUCAUGGUGUGAAGAGUUAUUUUUUCUUCGCCAAUUGGGACCGUUACAAUAAUUCAGCAUAGUAUAGCGCAGUGACCUUUGGCUAAUAAAAUAGUCUUCGCCUUCUUCUAAACAGGUCUGAUAAUGAAGUCGAUUAUUUCGACUGUUCCUUGGUUUUCGGUGUGCACCAGAUCGAUGUUUCGUUGACGGUCAGAAACGGCGCAGAAACUCCGUCCCCGGUCGGUGAGGUUAAGUACAUAUCGAACCACCCUCAAUCGCAUAUAAUCAUUGUGCAUACAAUGUUGAUGUUGAUAUUCACCGACGCUUUUGACACUGCGCUCGCGUGCAACAUCGUUCUUAUUAAUUUUAUUAUUUUCUAAUAAUUUUUUUUUUGUUUUAUAAAUUUGUGUUCCAUCUCACUAACAACAACACGUUAGAAUCAUCGCUGCUGACAUCAGCGUCGCAGCCAAACCGCAAUCGUUAAUGCGGCAGACAAUAAUAGCAAUAACAACAACAAAGCGCAUAAUCGGCGCGAUCACAAUCGAUUAGCUAUUAGCCGGCUAUUGUCGAUUUGUAUACACUUAUAUGCAUACCGACACACACAUACGUACAGCGGCAUGCACGCUUUUAGCUAGCAGUAAGCCGAUUUGUGUUGAACCACUGAGCCACUGAGUCGCUGAGCCGUUGAUCCACAGUUCCGUCGCGUCGCCGCUGCUACUCCGCUGCCGUGCCAUGCCGCAAAAGUUCUAUAAAACUAACGUACGAUUAGCGUUCCACUGUGAUUCUUUCUUACGUCUGCGACAGUGUUGGCUGCGGUUGAUUAAUCGAUUGCUCAUUCAAGUGUUGGAACGAGCGCGUUUCCUGUUUCGUAUCCAGUCGACGGGGCCAAAUUAGAGCUUCAACAGCAAACACUUCACAAAGUCUGCUUUCUUGCUAUUCUUUUUAUUAUUAUUCGUGCUCUUGCGGAGAAUCAAACGCGUCGGUAUUGAUCCCACCUUCCAACCUUUCGAGUUUACCGCCAUAGCUUUCGAGGCUAAUAGCCACGUGCAGUUUCGAAAAAAUUAUACGCUUGCAAUAUUUUAUGCAGGUUCACACAUAUGUACGUACGUUGCGGACGGGUGUAGCAAAGGCAAAGCGUUGCGCCAAACAGGGUUGAAGUCAAUUUCUAAUAUUUCGCCUGGUCCACUGAGGAUACUGUUACCACGCGCGUUUCUCCUUCGUCCAUCCGUCUUGUUGAGCGCUGUCUUCGUGCGCGCACGCCUUUAUACAAACAUACAACGUAACGUACACGUUUGUGUGUGAAAGUGUGUGCAUACGUGUGUAUUGAAAUCUUGGCGCGGUUCAAUUGAUCGCCUUCGAUCGCGAACUUUGUUUGCCAAUCGCGCACUUUACGGUCCACCGAUCGGUUUAGUUCGCUUUCAUCCACGGCAUUGUGCGUUUAUUAGAGCCGCAAAGAGGCGCCUGAGUUUCACCAAAUAUUCGUAACGAAGAGUUUAUAAAUUAAAAAUUUCAAAGCAAAAAAAGAAGCGUCAGCAAAUAACUUAUAUAAACUUACACUUAAUUAGUUUGUGCCAAAAAGUGAUUGUAUUCUAUUUUGUGUUUCUACGUGUACGCAAAUAAAGGCUGUUCCCCUGUUGCAAGCUCCAAGUAGCAACUACUUAAUUGAGCAAGUGAACUGUCUGGAACAGUGCUUAGUUUUAUUCAUUAAUUUUAUGUAAUUACGUAAAUACGUAUCUACAUACCAUAUAUACCAUAGAUACCUGUAUAUAAUACGGCAAUUUGCGGCGAAGCCAGAUUUUGUUGCAUUACUUUUUGUUGGAUUAACGGAUUCAUCGUCAAGCGCAGUAAUAUUAAAUUUACGAAUAUGAAGCUCUUCGCCAUCAUUUUAACCCUUGCCUUGUACGCCUUCGCAUUGGCGCAGUCGUUGGCGAACGUUAAGUGUCAAAUGAAUUGCGAUCUGCAGGACUUUAGACCGGUCUGCGGUAUAGAUGAUGCUGGCAAGACGAAAACCUUCAAUAAUCUGUGCAUUCUGAAGACAGAGAAUUGCCUGCGACAUCUUUCAUUCCAGAAAACUUCCGAUGGCGUAUGUCCAUAGAUGCUAAUUAUAUAAAACAAAGAAACAGUACUAAUUUGCAAACAUCAGUGAUCCAGUUCUAACAUUUAACAAUUAAAUUAGUUAAUAAACUAAGUGCAAAAUAUGAAUGUCAAGCAAUUUUAUCGUUUUAGCCAUUAACUGAUACUUUUAAUGCGCACAUUUUCAUCUAAAUAUACUAUAUAUUACCAAACAGAAAUAAAACUUAUGUAUUUUCGGGAAUUCUACAUAAAAAAAUAUGGAGUCUAACACUUGGUGCCGCCCUUGAUCCAUGUCAGCAAGUCUAUGAAAGCAAUCAGACUAAAUUCUACAUUUUAAUAUGUAAAUUUUGGAAUUUCGUGUAUGGCAUUCAAGCGGCUGCUCUGGUUACAAUGUAGUCCUAAGUGGUAUUUGUGUGAUAUUCUUAAGAUUUGAUUCGGAAAAGUCGUACAUUUACUGUAAAUUUGCAUGUAUAGAAAUGUAAAGAAAUAAAAAAUAAAAUAAAAUUAUAUAAAACUAGCUUUUACCCGCGGCUUCGCUCGCAUCGAAUCCAUCAAAUAAAUAACUGAUAUCAUUAUAGUAGAUAUGGAUCCAUAUAAAGAAUAUAUUUUAUAUAUAUUCCAAUUCUUAGUUAUGAAAUUACGACGACGCGUGGUUCUUACUUCUGCAUCAUUAAUUCUUCUUGCCUGCAAUUGUUCUUGCGUUUCCGUUGCUCUUCUAGCUUCCUGCUGCUAAGCUUGUCUUUUCGAACGUACUCGUGCCUGAUGAGAAGUUUCAGCUGCUCUCAAAACACGUUGUCGAUCUGCUUGCUGUUGCCUUCUCAGCUCUGCUUGAACUUCACAUUCUUUAUUUCGUGUAACUUUAGCCUUACGCACCGGCGUAGAAUUUCUUGACAGCGCCGAUUUCCGCUUUCGAGGCAUUUUUAUAUUUAAUAAGA